AGAGGGUUCCCUUUGCCUGUUCCAGGCAGCAGAACCCCUGUUUUCUCUGGUGUUCCGCCUGUUUUGUUUAGUUCUGGGUGCAGGGCUGACUCAGCCCUGGGGAUCUCAGUGCCGCCUGGCUCUUCCCCCAUGGACUUCAGACUGUCUGUCUGACUUCCAGGAUACACACAACACCCAGGUCCCCAGAUCGCAGAUAUGAGGGGAGGUAGCAUCUGAGGGACAGCAGGCUGAAGGAAGAGGCAUAAGGAAGGCUGGGGCAGCAGAGGUUGCUGCUAUAGCUAGUUUACACUUGGAGCAUGGUAUGGAGUAAGAAAUCAGACUACAGUUCAGAGGUCAGAGGUCAGGCCUUCACCACACACAAGGGCUAGGAGGGACAGGUACUCUUCCACUGAGGCCCCUGGUAUGCAGAGGUCAGAGGGCACCUGGAGUACUGCCUCCACCUCCGUGCCCUCUGGUCCCACCAGGUGGCAGAAGUCUUGAAAUUGCUCUGAAGGUGAGGACAUCCCCUCCCCCUCAGCAGCCACCACCGCCAGCCACCCACAUCGUCCUCAUCCGCCCCUCCCCAUCAGUGCCUCCACUUACAUCGCCCGCCCGGCCUGAGCCAACCUCCUGCUUCACUUGGUGUAAAUGGCUGAUAAGCAGAUCAGCCUGCCGGCCAAGCUCAUCAAUGGUGGCAUCGCUGGGCUAAUCGGGGUCACCUGCGUGUUCCCCAUCGACCUGGCUAAGACACGGCUGCAGAACCAGCAGAAUGGCCAGCGCAUGUAUGCCAGCAUGUCUGACUGCCUCAUCAAGACCAUCCGCUCUGAGGGCUACUUCGGCAUGUACAGGGGAGCAGCAGUUAAUCUGACCCUGGUCACCCCUGAGAAGGCUAUCAAGUUGGCUGCUAAUGACUUCUUCAGACAUCAGCUCUCCAAGGAUGGACAGAAGCUGACCUUGCCUAAGGAGAUGUUGGCAGGCUGCGGGGCUGGCACCUGCCAGGUGAUUGUGACCACCCCCAUGGAGAUGCUGAAGAUCCAGUUGCAAGAUGCAGGCCGCAUUGCUGCUCAGAGGAAGAUCCUGGCUGCCCAGGCUCAGCUCUCAGCCCAGGGAGGUGCCCAGCCCUCAGUAGAGGCUCCAGCCGCUCCUCGACCCACAGCCACCCAGCUGACCCGUGACCUGCUGCGGAAUCAUGGCAUCGCUGGCCUCUACAAGGGACUGGGGGCCACGCUACUCAGGGAUGUCCCCUUCUCCAUUGUCUACUUCCCCCUGUUUGCCAACCUGAAUCAGCUGGGCCGCCCAUCUUCUGAGGAGAAGUCGCCAUUCUAUGUGUCCUUCCUGGCAGGCUGCGUGGCUGGGAGUGCAGCCGCCGUGGCUGUCAACCCUUGUGAUGUGGUGAAGACUCGGCUUCAGUCACUUGAGCGAGGUGUCAAUGAGGACACUUACUCUGGGUUUCUGGACUGUGCAAGGAAGAUCUGGAGACAUGAGGGCCCCUCAGCCUUCUUGAAAGGUGCAUACUGCCGUGCACUGGUCAUCGCCCCGCUGUUUGGCAUCGCCCAGGUGGUCUACUUUCUGGGCAUCGCUGAGUCCCUGCUGGGGCUGCUGCAAGAACCCCAGGCCUGAGCCCAUGGCUGCUUCUCCCCAGCCUAUGGGCAGGGGCCAGAACAGGGUGACCAGCACAAGCCUGAGGAGGAAUGGUCUCUCCCCAGUCCUCCCCAUCAAACAGGAAGGCAAGGGGAGGGUGUAGGGUCCACAUGGGUGGUUCACACAUAGCCCCCGUGUGGUCCUGAAGGGACAAAACAUUGGGAUCAAGGUCUUAUUUAUGUAGAAAAUGCAGAAAUCUGUACAUUCCUCAAGCCAGUCCUGUCGAGCCAGUUCUGUCCCAUCCUUGUACCUCAACCUAGUCCCACCUGGCCUGAACACCCCAUGAGACAGAGCUGGUCUCUGGGCUGGGGCCCCCAGGCCUGGUUUGGGCAGGCAGACCCUACCCUGUAGUCCACUGGCUCUGAUCUCUGGGCUCUCCUGGUCUACAAAGGGGACCCACACACACCCAGAAUUAUUUAUUGAGUUAGCUGUGCCCACGUGGCUCUGCCUGUCCUCCGUCCAUCCGUCUUUGCCCCUGCUGCUCUUCCCACCUCAUCCAGGACUCCACUCUGCCUCCCCAGCCAGCCUUACAGGAGGCUCGGAGUGUCUUUGCCUCAUGUCACGCUAGGAUUCCUAGGCUGGGUGUGCUGCCACAUUCAAGUGUCGCCCCAGGCACCCCACACAUACUCUUCCUCCUGAGCCUUUGGACCCCCACCAUGUGGGACCCAGAUUGCUUGAGAUCUUUGUGUGCCUGUGGUGGGCAGUUUGCUCCCCCACCCCUAGCAGUCAGCUGGCCAGGCUGCUUGGGGAUGGACGAGCCCAUAAGGGCACAGUUGCCUUUCCCCAUGGAGUCAGGCACCCUGUGCUUGUGUGCUGUUUGUGCCUCAGGACUCUAUUGCUGACCCCGUCCAAUAAUUUAGUUCUCCAGCCUGGUAACUCUUCUGAUAGAGCCCCACUCCUGGACAGAGAUUGCUUGUGGGGGAAGGGCAGGCAUGAAGGCCAGUAUGGAGCCUGGGCCUCCCAGCUCUCUGGGCCUCUGUCCAUGUUUGGAAAGCCCCACCCUUCCAGCCCUGGCUCCUCUGUUCUGAAUCAAAGCAGUCCUCCCCUGCCCUGGCCAUGUGAUUGUGUUUGGUGAUUGACUGAAGUGCUGGUGCUGUGUCCCUCAAGCCCAACCCCCUCCAUGGAGGCCCCUUCCCAGUGACACUACCUGGGGCUCAAAUCUGGGCUGCCCCUAGUUCACGGUUGCUCCUGGGAGCCACCCCUCCUAUUAUGUCUGUACCUUGAAAGCUGCUGCUGCUGCUUACAGAAUUAUAUUUUUUUUCUUUUGAAGAGUUUUAAGAAGUUGUAACUUUUUGUGUCUUGUCAUGUAAAAGAUAAAUAAAUAUUCUAAAUAGA